AUUAUUUGAAAGCAGUUUCGUUUUUCCAUCCCCUUCAUGGCGUCGAUCCUUUUGGCUUACAAACCCAAACCUUCCCUUUCCUUUCCUUGUUUAUGAAUACAUCCUCCUCCUUGCCCUUGCACUGUUCCACUCUCUCCAGGGAUUACAUCCUUUGAAGAUGUCUAUCCUGUGGGAAGGAGUCGCAUUUGGAUGAGGGGGGAGGGAAGAGGGAGAAGGACCUUCUUUUUAUAGUAAAGUUUCCAUCUUUACCACUCUCUUCGUGUUUAUUCUUCUCUAUGGCUCCAAGCUGCGACUAUGCGUCUUCUAUCCUCUUCUGCGUCGAGGACAACAGUUGCAUCCUGGACUUCGAUGAUGAGGGCGACGACGCAGCGGAGGAUAACCAGUUGAUUUGGCUUUCUGAAACACAAAGGUGCCAUUUUUAUGGAGAUCCUUGCAUCAAUUUGCCGCCGCAAUCCGAUGAUUACUUGGGUAUCUUGAUUCAGAGGGAGUCCGAGCAUAUGCCGAGGGAAGACUACGGUGUGAGGUUGCGUUCUGGGGCAUUGGACUCGUCCAUUCGCAGAGAUGCCAUCGAUUGGAUUAUGAAGGUUCAUGACCAUUAUAAUUUCGGGCCUUCGAGUGCCUAUUUAUCUGGAAACUAUUUGGAUCGAUUUCUCUCCAAUUAUGAGCUUCCGAAAGAUAAGGAUUGGAUGAUACAACUCCUAUCUGUAGCUUGCCUAUCCUUGGCAGCCAAAAUGGAGGAAACCGAAGUUCCUCUAUCCUUGGAUUUGCAGGUAGGUGAAGCCAAAUAUGUGUUUGAGGCUAGAACUAUUCAGAGAAUGGAACUUCUGGUUUUGAGUACUCUUAAAUGGAGGAUGCAAGCUGUAACUCCUUUCUCUUUUAUGGAUUUCUUCCUUCAUAAAUUCAAUGGUGGAAAUGUGCAAGAUAAAGUGGUGGUGUCUCAGUCAAUUGAACUCAUAUUGAGUAUUAUUAGAGAAACUGAUUUCUUAGCAUUCAGAUCUUCUGAAAUUGCUUCAGCUAUCUCACUGUUAGUUUUAGGAACUGUGGAUAUCGAUAAGGCAGUGGCCAGUUGCAGCUAUGUUUCUAAGGAGAAGGUCAUUAGAUGCUAUCAAACAAUUAAGGAUAUGGAGUUGAUGAGUAGUAGGCCACUUAAUUAUGAUAGUAUAUCAUUUGCCUCUACGCCACAAAGCCCGAUCGGUGUCCUUGAUGCUGCAUGCUUGAGCGAUAAUAGCGAUGACAUAGCUGCUGAAUCAGAGACACGCAGCCAUAAUUCUUCUGCAAGCAAGAGAAGGAGAAUAAGCAGGAUCUAAAUGAACCUUGCAACCACUACUAUAUUUGGAGCCUUGUAACUGUCAAAGUAGUUUACUUGGGUACUUCUAUGUUGGUGUUUUAUGGUGGCAAUGACCUUGUAGAACACCUCAAUCAAAAAAGAGGAAAGAUAAAUCAACAACUUAUCCGACAAAAGGAAGGAAAUCUCUCAAUCAGAUGCUGAACUGACAUCUAGUAGGCAGAACCUUCAGAUCCUUGAUUAAAAGAAUUCAGCAACAGUUCAUAAGGUUGGUGGAAACAAUCUCUAGUUCUCUGUUGGUUCUGUUCUUCUUCUUUCCUUCUGGCCUCAUUCUCUCAAAGCAUCUUGUGUCAUUUGGAACGAUAUGUAUUUCCUAAGAUACACCGUUGUUGUGAUUUGAACUUGUUUCCAUGGUAA